UAAACUCCGGGUUUUGAUUUUCGGGGGCAUUUAUAAGAAUUAAUGAGCUUCUAAAAGUUCAUUUGAUAGUUAAUUUAGUUUGUGAAUCAUCAGUGCUCAUUUUAUUAGCAAUAUAGUAGUUUUUAUUACAUAAAAGGAAGUUUUAUAGUCCUUUUAAAUUUUGUGCUACUUUCUCGGUGUACAUACGCGUUCGACAAAGUUUUUGAUGAUAUCUAGUGGAAUGAUGAAUAAAAGAAGGAGGUCCAGCUCCGUUGCAACAAUUUCGGAUGAGUCAAAUGAAUUUGCCACUCCAGAACGUGAAAUAUCACCUGAAUUCCAUGGAAUGGACAUUUCAGCCAACACAAGCACUAGUGGAUCCAUUUUAGCUUCCUCUUCGUCAGCUAGAAAGAGGAAAAAGUUAGAUCCGAGUGAAUUAUGUCAACAAUUAUAUGAUUCUAUUAGAAAUGUAAAAAAAGAUGAUGGUAAUAUGCUGUGUGAUGCAUUUAUUCGUGCACCUAAGCGACGCUCUCUUCCAGAAUAUUAUGAGGUUGUUUCGGAUCCCGUUGAUUUAUUACGAAUUCAACAAAAAUUAAAGACCGAUACAUAUCAAAAUCUUGAUGAUAUUAUGUCCGACUUCGAGCUCAUGGUUAAAAACACAAAAGCAUUUUUCAAUACAAGUACUCAGGAAUAUCAGGAUGCAUGUAGUUUAUGGGAUUUAUUGUGUGCCAAUAAGAUACGACUGGAAAGCGAAAUUAGUGACGCAUGUAGCAUUAAUCUAAGUUCUGAAUAUGUAGAUUCAAAUAAUAUAAAGAAAGGGAUUGUGGCCACAACAAAGUCUAUUGGUCGUCCAAGAAAAACAACGUCAGCCGAAGAUGAGGACGACGAAAUUGAUGAAUACGAAGAAUUAUUUGCGUCAGUUCUAACUGCAAUAGACCCUACAAUGGACAAUCGUCCUUUAUACUUGGAAUUUCAGCUACUUCCAUCAAAAAAAUUAUAUCCUGAUUAUUACAGCAUUAUUGAAAAACCUAUUGAUUUGAAAAUAAUCGCUACCAAAAUACAAAAUCAAGAUUAUGAAACUAUUGAUGAAAUGGAAGAAGAUUUAUUAUUAAUGGUGAAAAAUGCUUGUUUGUACAAUGAGCCUGGAUCUCAAAUUUAUGAAGAUGCAAAAGCCUUACGACGCAUUUUUACUACUAAAAAAAUCGACUUAAAAACAGGACGCGCAAUUAAAACACAGUCUAAGCAACGAGGGCAAUCUCUGAGUGCAUUAACAGCCGCCUUACAGGAAGAGCCUGAAAGUUCCGAUGAUGAAAUGGACGAUAUAGCUGGCCGUCAAAUGGAAGCUUUGAUGACACGUAUUUUCAACCAACUAAAUAAUCACCAAAAUUCAAAGGAUGAACCAUUAGGAACCAUUUUGUGGCGCCUUCCGCAUCCACGAUGGGAAAAAGAGUAUUAUGAAAAAAAUCCAAACCCAGUAUCAAUGUCUCAGAUUCAAUCUAAAAUAAAGAAACGCUUAUAUCCUACGUAUUCUGCCUUAAAAGCUGAUUUCGAACGAAUGUGUGACAACAUUAUCAGUAGUAUUGCGUCAGAUCAUCGAAUGCAUAUUGCUGCAGUGCAGUUACAAUCUCUGAUUCCUCAAAAAUUUUCUUGUGUAAUUGACACAGCUACAACAAAUAUGGACGAAAGUGACACAUUGGAUACAGAUACAUCAUCGAUUUUGUCAAGCAGCAACAAUGCAUACAAAACUGAUUCAAAAUUGAACUUGAAGCCUCCAACAAAAUUGCUUCAAAGUAAAACUAAUUCUUCAAGUGUUAAUACCACGACAACUCCCAAGAGUAAAUUAAAUUUUCAUAGUGCUUUAGUAAAAAAUAAAUUGCUUAAUUUGCAUAAAGUAAUGACAGACCAUUUACAUGAAGGUCGUAAACUUAUUCUAAAUUUUUUGGAAAAACCAUCUGAACUUCUGUAUCCCGACUAUUAUGAAGUUAUUGAUAGUCCAGUAGAUAUGUUAACAAUAGAGACAAACAUUAAGAAUGACAAGUAUGUUAACAUUGAUGAAGCUAUAGCUGAUUAUCGCAAAAUGUUCAACAACUGUAGAAAAUAUAAUGAAGAAGGCUCUCGAAUAUAUGAAGAUGCAAAUAUUUUAGAAAGGGUUCUUAACGAUAAAAUUAAAGAGUUUUCUUUGCAAGAUAUCACACCAACAAAAAAAAUAAUGACCACCACUAACGGAGGAAACGUAGUACGACGUAAGCUACCUACUUUAGCAAAUACUCAAACAGAAGGAAAGUGUCGUAAAAUCUACGAGUCAAUCCGUGAUUAUAGAGAAUCGGGAAGCAAUAGACAAUUAUCUAGUAUUUUUAUGAGACUACCAUCAAAAGCAGAUUAUCCGGAUUAUUAUGAUAUAAUAAAAAACCCAAUUGAUAUGGAAAAAAUUUUUACUAAAAUACGGCAACAGCAGUAUAGUGGAGUUGAUGAUAUUACAAAUGAUUUCUUAAUGAUGUUUAAAAAUGCUUGCACCUAUAAUGAAAGUGAUUCACAAAUUUUCAAAGAUGCUUGCAAGCUGCAGGAAGUGUGUUUGGAAAUCAAAAAAAGCAUAAAUGCGGAUGAAGAAUCAGUGCCUGAUGUUCAAGGGGUCGUUCAAGAUAUGUUACAAAUGCUAUACACUAGUUUAGUGCGACAUGAAGAUGACGAUGGUCGAUCAUACUCUGAAUCACUUGCCGAAGUGCCUGAGUAUGAUGUUUCAAUUGAUGGUCGAAAAGUUCGGGGAAUCAAUUUAGAGAUUAUAAAAAGGAGACUGGAAAAAGGUUUAUACAAGCGGCUUGAUAUUUUUCAAGAAGAUUUAUUUGAUUGUCUUGAACGAGUUAGAAAAUAUUCAGCUUCAAAUUCACAAGCGUUUGAUGAUUCUAUACAGUUACAGUUGUUCUACAUAAAAAAACGUGAUGAAAUUUGCAAAAAAGGAGAAGCGUUUUAUUCUCCAGCGCUCAAUUUUACCGUCAUGCAACUAACGCAAAAAUUAGAAAUAGUGAAACAAAUGAAAAUUGCACAAUCAUUUCCUACAGAAAAUGAUGAUGAUGGAACACCAAUUCUUGUAGGGGACAGCAUGAUAAUAAACGAUAAACUCUAUUCUCCUGGAGACUUUGUUUUAUACGCCUCAAACGAAAUGAACGUCCCAGGUAUAAUGUGUCUUGAAAAGUUGUGGAUUAACAAUGAAAACAUUCCUAUGAUGUCUGGUAAUUUGUUUUUGCGUCCAAUUGAGACACAACAUUCCCCUAUUCGUAGAUUCAUAGACAAGGAAGUCUUUAAAAGUGACAAACAUGCUACAAUGCCUCUGAAUAAGCUGCAGGGAAAAUGUUAUGUAAUGUGCAUUAAAGAUUAUCCAAAGUUGAGGCCAGAUGGAUUUUUGGAACGUGAUUUGUAUGUGUGCGAAUCGCGUUACAAUUCGUUAAAAAAUACUUUUAGGAAAAUUCGAUCGUGGAACCAUCUUACUAAUAAAAUUAAAUUGGUUGAGCGAGAGACACCUCUAGAAAUAAAGCGUCUGACGAUUAAAAAAGUCCAAAGGACUCCAGAUGAAGUUAGAGACAUAGAAGCGAUGCUACCCCUUAAACGAAAAUCGAUUUCCAAUAUUCCUGUUGUUAUACAUGGUGUUGAGGAGGGCCGUACCUAUUAUGAUCAAUACAACCUCAGUAGUGGACUUGUAUUAAAAACAGGAGAUUUUGUUUAUACAGAGUCGAUAGAGGUUCAUAAUCCGUCUAUUGUUCAUGUUUGUGCAAUUUACGAAGCAAGAGAUGGAAACUCGUAUAUUCGCGGUCCAUAUCUUAAACUACCAAAAGACUUGCCAAAUUUGACUUCUAAAAUGGUGUACCCGCAAGAAAUUUUUCUAUCAACAUUUACCGAAACAACCCCGACUUCAUCUAUUUUGGGAAAAUGUUCUGUACUCGAAACAAUGGACUACACCACGCGGCGACUGACUGAAAUAUACGAAAAAGAUGUGUAUAUUUGUGAAUCAGUUUUCGAUGAAAUCAAGGGACAAAUAAGAAAACUGUCUAAACCAGGAGAACUAAAAAAAAUUGUUAACGAUCCAGGAGUGACCAAAGAUGAAAUUUAUUUUUUCAAAAAACCAAUUACACCUCUUAAGAUUUCGUAUAGCGAAUAUAAUAAUUUAGAGAGCUCAAGGCAAUAUAUCCCUACUGGCGGUGAUGACGACAUAAAAGACGAUGUUAGUGAUUUUUUGGAUAUCAAUGAAGAUUCAAUGGAUAUAGAAUCCAUGUUGCCCGAAGCUGUCGUCAGUUCAUCUCCUGCAACCAUUAGAACUCCACUUGGAUCACCAGCAGCAUCUAACCAUACAACGGAAAAAUCAAUAUCCCGAAGAUCCAAAACUGUUACAGGUUUUAUUUUGUUCCAGUCGCAAUACAGACGGCAACGACACGAAGAGCAUCCAGGUUCAUCUUUUGGAGAAGUUUCACGAAUGUUGGGAGAAGAAUGGAAAAAUAUGGGCCCAGCGAAGCGUGCAAUUUGGAAGGAAAAAGCUAUUAAUGCAAACAAAGAAGCGCGUGCACAGUUCCGAGUGGAUAACCCAGAACUUUUUUUAAAUGAGACACACAGUACAUCAACAUCUAGAGGGGAUAUUAGCUCAAGAGAACAAACUGGCUCACAACUUUUCAAUAAUAACAGAGAAAAUCCGAUUGCAAAUCAAGUGUUUGAUUGUGGUUGGGAUGAUUGUGAUUUCGAAUUUGAAGAUCCAGGUGAUUUGCUUGAGCAUUCCUUGGCAACUAAAGAUUCUUGUGUACAGCGAAACAUAAAACGUGAUGAAAAUGGCAAACGUCGGUUUGAGUGUAUGUGGCGCACUUGUAAUAGGAUUCGACGAGGCUUAGAACCGUUUCCCGACUGGCCAAGAUUACUAAGACACGUAAGAGAAGUACACGUUUAUCGACAUCCGGGACGUAUUGUAGAUCCAGAAAAUCGGGGAAUGAACUAUAUUCAACGUAAAAAUCCCCUACCCUCAAGAUCUCAAAGUCCAAUGCAUGACAAUUCACGAUCAGAAACACCCAUUAACACAGUUCCUUCACCAUCCUGUUCUCCUGCAACAGUAUUGCAAAUAGAAACAAAUAUUCCGGCAACAUCUACAGCACCUAUAGUUACAGCUGAAAAAGUGUCAAAUCCAUUAUUUAUCACAGUACCUCCUAGACCUCAAAGAGUAUUACAUUCAGAGGCGUAUAUUAAGUACAUUGAAAGUCUUCAACCGAAGAUCAAUCAUAAACCACUGUAUCAAAAAACACUAAGGGCAACACAAGACAAUACUGCUGCGGUAGAUAUAAGUAAACUUCCAACACAAUGGCUUGGGAAACGAGCACAAGAGAAGCCUGAUCAAGUAGUUAAUGCCCUUUGGAAUUUGAGACAUUACAUGAUGAAAGAUUUACUUGCAUUACACAAGAUAAAAUGAAGAUGAUUUGUAUUGUAUCGAAACAUAAUUUUUUUUAAUUUAUUUCAUUAAAAAUAAAUUCUUUUA